AUGUCUCUCAACAAGCGAAUCACCCUGAAUACCGGUGCUAAGAUUCCGCAACUUGGCUUUGGUACUUGGCAGUCUGCACCUGGCGAAGUUGGAGAUGCUGUGUACGAGGCUUGCAAAGUCGGUUACCGUCAUCUGUACAAGCAAUUACUGACUAUCUUCAGCUAUGAAAAUCAACAAGAAAUCGCGGAGGGCCUGAAGCGAGCUUUCAAGGAAAUUCCCGGCCUUAAGCGCGAGGAUCUUUUCAUUACAUCCAAGCUCUGGAACUCGCAACACCGCUCUGAUUUGGUCGAGCCAGCCCUUGACGCGUGUCUCAAAGAGCUCGGCCUUGACUAUCUUGAUCUUUAUCUUGUUCAUUUCCCUGUUGCUUUCAAAUCUGGCAGAGGAUACAAUCCCGUUGCCCAAGAAAGCAGUAUGGAGGGUGGCGAAGCUGACAUUGACAAUGAUGUUUCCAUUGUUGAAACUUGGAGAGCCAUGACCAAUCUUCCAAAGUCGAAGGCACGCGCAGUUGGCGUUUCCAACCACAUGAUUCCCCAUCUUGAUGCAAUCAUCAAGGCGACCGGCAUCACUCCAGCAGUCAAUCAAAUCGAGCGACACCCUUGCCUACAGAGCGACCAGCUGGUUGAAUACUGUGCGAAGAAUGGAAUCCACAUUACUUCCUACUCCGCAUUUGGUAACAACAUGAUCGGGGUUCCCCUCGUGAUUACUCGCCCAGAGAUCCAGGCUGUGGCCCAAAAGGUCUCUGUUCGUCUAGGACGCGAUGUGACGCCAGCUCAGGUUGUUCUUGCCUGGUCGCAGGUCGGUGGACAUAGCGUUAUCCCCAAAUCCGUCACUGCUUCCCGCAUUGCGCAGAACUUCCAAGAGUUAGAGCUCCUGGAUGAGGAAAUUGAAGAGAUCAAUCAGUUGGGGCAGAGCCCUCAACGUUUCAACGUCCCAUUCGUUGCCAACUCGCCCCGAUGGAACAUCAACAUUUUCAAUGAGGAUUCGGAGAAGGCAGCAAAGUAUUCUAUUAAUCUCAAGGCCUGA